AUGUCCAUUAAUCCUGGCUCCUACGAAGCCCUCGCAGCUUGCAGUGGCCUCGUUGAGUCUGCCAGACAUCUAGAAGAUCAUCGGUCGCACCUGGUUGCAGAUGAUGAGUUCGACUUUGUUGCACCUGUCCCCGUCUCGCAAGGCUCGAUGUUUGGAAAUAUCCAGAAGCGCCAUUAUACCUUCGGCUCAAGUGCCUUUGGGCAGCCCCAGCAGCAACAACAGCAGUAUGUUAGCUCGAUGGACCGUACAAAGAAAUCAGCUAACUUGAAAAAGUCGGACCGCACUCAUGGCGCAAACGAAGCCAGUAUCCGCUGCAAGCUCGAACUCCUCCUUGUUUGCGAUCACGAUCUAGUAUCCAUCUUUGAACAAAUCCGCUCGACCCUUGAACAUUCAGUUGGAACGUACAUGGGCGUAUAG